AACCAGUCGAGCCACUUCCUCUGUCGAUAGAGAACUGUGGAUGGGCUGAUGUAAGCAGCUGACUUGAAGCUACCGGCAGUCGUUUUUUUGUGUCUAAUUUCCAUUUUUUGAUUGAAAAUCAUUUCGUUUCCCAUCUUCGUGGCACGUGGGCUAACAUGGCGACGGAGAUAAUGAAAGGUGUGGAACAAGUCUCAGUCGGUGAGCUUUAUGUGUCGGACAAAUGUGGCAGUGAUCAGGAUGGGGACGGCUCAGAGCAAAAACCCUUUAAGACUCCUCUCAAGGCUCUCAUGUUUGCUGGGAAGGAGCCAUUUCCAACCAUCUACGUGGAAUCGCAGAUAGAGGGAGAGCAGUGGGCAGUGAUCUCUAAGACGCAGAUGAAGAACGCAAAGAAGGCCUUUAACCGCGAGCAGAUAAAGAACGAUGCCAAAGAGAAGAAAGAGGCAGAGGACAACGAGAGAAGAGAGAAGAACCUGGAAGAUGCCAAGAAGAUCAUCAUUGAGAAAGACCCCAGUCUGCCUGAACCUGAAGCCGUGAAAAUUCAUCAACUAGAAGCCAAGAGAGGUCAGAGAGUCAAAGUGUUUGGAUGGGUUCAUCGCCUCAGGAGACAAGGGAAGAACCUGAUGUUCAUUGUGCUGAGAGAUGGAACUGGUUUCCUCCAGUGUGUCCUGUCUGAUAAACUGUGCCAGUGCUACAACGGUUUGGUGUUGUCUACAGAGAGUACUGUAGCUCUGUAUGGAACAAUCACUCCAGUUCCUGAGGGGAAACAGGCGCCAGGAGGCCACGAGCUUCACUGCGACUUCUGGGAGCUGAUUGGCUUAGCUCCAGCAGGCGGGGCCGACAACCUGCUGAAUGAAGAGUCGGAUGUUGACGUCCAGCUGAACAACCGACACAUGCUGAUAAGAGGAGAGAACGUUUCCAAGAUCCUCAGGGUCCGGUCCUCUGUCACGCAGUGCUUCAGGGACCACUUCUUCAGCCGCGGAUACUACGAGAUCACUCCUCCCACCCUGGUGCAGACUCAGGUGGAGGGCGGCUCCACUCUGUUUAACCUCAACUACUUCGGCGAGCAGGCCUACCUGACGCAGUCCUCCCAGCUCUACCUGGAGACCUGCAUACCUGCCCUGGGUGACACCUUCUGUAUCGCCCAGUCUUACCGGGCCGAGCAGUCCCGCACCCGCAGGCACCUGUCUGAGUACACUCACAUCGAGGCAGAGUGUCCCUUCAUAACAUUCGAGGAUCUGCUGAACAGACUGGAGGAUCUGGUGUGUGACGUGGUCGACCGAGUGCUCAAAUCCCCCGCUGGACAGCUGCUCUACGACAUCAACCCCAACUUCAAACCCCCCAAGAGGCCGUUCAAGAGGAUGAACUACAGUGAGGCCAUUGAGUGGCUCCGAGAGCACGAUGUCAAGAAGGACGACGGCUCCUACUACGAGUUUGGAGAGGACAUCCCUGAGGCUCCAGAGAGGCUGAUGACAGACACCAUCAACGAGACCAUCCUGCUCUGUCGUUUCCCCGCUGAGAUCAAAUCCUUCUACAUGCAGCGCUGCACCGAGGACAGACGCCUAACUGAGUCGGUCGACGUGCUGAUGCCAAAUGUGGGCGAGAUCGUCGGAGGCUCGAUGCGUAUCUGGGACUCUGAGGAGCUGCUGGAGGGAUACAAGAGGGAGGGAAUUGACCCAACCCCCUACUACUGGUACACUGACCAGAGGAAGUAUGGCACAUGUCCCCACGGCGGUUAUGGUCUGGGUCUGGAGCGUUUCCUCACCUGGUUGCUGAACAGACACCACAUCCGAGACGUCUGCCUGUACCCACGAUUCAUCCAGCGCUGCCGACCCUGAACACACACACACAAUCAUUCUCAUUUGGCUUGUGUGCACUGCUCUCUUAGCCAUAAAAUGUGUUACUACAAUAUGAAAUCAAGUAAGCAAGAAUCCCCAAUUCUGUCCCUUCAGCAGUUUUCUUUUCGUUUUGAAUCAACCACAAUUCAAAAGGAUUUAAGACCUCCUGCCUUGUCCUUGUUUGUUCCAACUUGAAACCUGAAUCUGAUUGUUCUGUUCUAGUUAGUGAUUAUUUAAGCAGUUGUGUGUCUGUGAGUCCUGGGAAUAAAAAAAGGAAGGUAAAAUAUCUCAAAUGUGAUCUAGAAUACUGCUAAAUAACAAGUUAGUAAAAAAAAUAUAUAUAUGCAAAUGUAGUUUAGAAAUCAUACAUUUUGAAGCUAAUAUUUGCUAUGGUCAAUUAAAAAAAAAAAAAAAGAAAGUAAUUGUAAGUAUUUCAUAGUAGCCAUCCGCCACGCGAGCUAUGCUAAUAUGUUAGCAGCUCUUUUUCAGUCACUCAAUCAUUCUUCCAUUGUGAUUAGCAUUAAAACAUCUGUAAAUAAUUGUUACUGGCUUCAAUAACUAAAUAGUUAAGCAAAAUCUGUAUGAAAAGUCUUUUGGCUGUCUGAUGCCAAAAACUCCAAACUCCAAGAACAAAACAGGAUUCACUUGGAACAAACCGGGACAAAUGAGUGCAUCCUUCCACCUGAAGAUUUGGGUAAACUAUGGAAGCAAGAACGACGGAACAUUAUGUGUUUUUGCAAGUAGGGGAUCCGUUUUUAAUUACAAGAUAAGGGCCCCAAUUUCUUCCUUUGAUGAAUGGAGUAAACGUCUGUCGAAAAAUGGGCCACUGUCAGUGAAGGUUGCAUAAUAAUUGCAUCCCUGUGGUAUCCAAAAAAAUGAAAAAAAUAAACUCAGAAGAUUGGCCCAUUAAGUCGCAUCCUACUUAUUUCUAUAUGUGGAUUGUGAUGUAAAAACAGUAAAUAUACAAUACAUCAUAAUCGUUGUUAAUGCAGCGCUGCCACACACACACACACACACACACACACACACGAGACCGUCCUGAUUCUUGGUGGUUCGGUGAUGAUUAUACUUUCAGUGGUUGGUUCAAACUUCACAAAAACGGCACAGAUUUUGUGCACUUUUUGUGCAUUUGGGAACAUUUUACUCCUUUCCUGAACGAGCUGGAAGUCAGAUGUAGGAGGGAAAUGCAGGGAGCAGCAUGUUUAUUCAAUGCGUGUUAUUCGUGGUUUAGCAGUGCCUCCUGUUCUCAUCCUGUCACCUGCUCUGCAUCUUCAUGUGAAAAUAUUCAGCUCAGUCACUGCACUUACCUUAAAUAAAUGGGAUUAAAACA